AUGGGCACGGUGCUGUCUCUUUCCCCCGCCUCUUCGGCCAAGGGCCGGAGGCCCGGCGGGCUGCCAGAAGAGAAGAAGAAAGCGCCGCCCGCGGGGGACGAGGCGCUGGGGGGCUACGGGGCGCCGCCAGCAGGCAAGGGCGGCAAAGGCGAGAGCCGACUCAAGAGGCCGUCCGUGCUCAUCUCGGCGCUCACCUGGAAGCGCUUGGUGGCCGCGUCUGCCAAGAAGAAGAAAGGCAGCAAGAAGGUGACGCCCAAGCCGGCGUCCACUGGCCCCGACCCCCUGGUCCAGCAACGCAACCGCGAGAACCUUCUCCGCAAGGGCCGGGACCCCCCAGACGGCGGCGGCGCCACCAAGCCCCUGGCGGUGCCGGUGCCCACCGUGCCCGCGGCCGCCGCCACCUGCGAGCCGCCGUCGGGGGGCAGCGCGGCCGCCCCGCCGCCGGGUUCGGGCGGGGGAAAGCCGCCGCCGCCGCCACCCCCAGCCCCGCAGGCGGCGCCGCCGGUGCCUGGCGGCUCGCCGCGGCGGGUCAUCGUGCAGGCGUCCACCGGCGAGCUGCUGCGCUGCCUGGGCGACUUCGUGUGCCGACGCUGCUACCGCCUCAAGGAGCUGAGCCCCGGCGAGCUGGUGGGCUGGUUCCGCGGAGUGGACCGCUCGCUGCUGCUGCAGGGCUGGCAAGACCAGGCCUUCAUUACGCCCGCCAACCUGGUGUUCGUGUACCUGCUGUGCCGCGAGUCGCUGCGCGGGGAUGAGCUGGCGUCGGCCGCCGAGCUGCAGGCCGCUUUCCUCACCUGCCUCUACCUCGCCUACUCCUACAUGGGCAACGAGAUCUCAUACCCGCUCAAGCCCUUCCUCGUGGAGCCCGACAAGGAGCGCUUCUGGCAACGCUGCCUGCGCCUCAUCCAGCGGCUCAGCCCCCAGAUGCUGCGGCUCAACGCCGACCCCCACUUCUUCACGCAGGUCUUUCAAGACCUCAAGAACGAGGGCGAGGCUGCCGCGGGCGCCGGGGGUCCACCCAACGGGGGCGCGCCCGCGGCCCCCGCCUCCUCCUCGGCCGCCAGGGACAGCUGCGCGACCGGAGCCAAGCACUGGACUAUGAACCUGGACCGCUAG